AUGGCCACUGCCAGCAAAGAUCCUUCCAAGUUCAAGGUGACUCCUGAAAACCAAGCGAGUCUGCCUCACUUCGCCUACCAACAGCUCACAUGCAGGCCCAAGCCCAUCACCGGCGUCAACCUGAGUAGCAAAACAGCCAUUGUAACCGGAUCCAACACCGGUGUUGGCCUCGAGACGGCACGACAGCUGCUUGAUCUGGGUGUCAACAGGUUGAUUUUGGCCGUUCGCAACGAGGCCAAGGGCGCUGCCGCUGCCGCCAACCUGACCAAAGGUCGAGACGUCAAGCAGGCUACCAUUGAGGUUUGGAACCUGGACCUCUCUGUCUACGACUCCAUUCUUACCUUUUCUGCCAGGGCCGAGAAGGAACUCACCACGCUUGACAUCGCCGUCCUCAAUGCCGGCAUCGGUCCUGUCACGCGCUGUUUCAACCCCCACACCGGCCAUGACGAGGUUAUCCAGGUCAAUUAUCUCUCCACUGCGCUGCUGGCCAUCCUUCUCUUGCCCGUCAUUCAGUCCAAGCGCCAGCAUCAAUCCGGUCCCAGCCGUAUGACCAUUGUCAACUCCGAGGUAUCGGGGUGGACAAACUUCACCGAGGUCACGGGAAAGAAGCCAACACCAUCCUCGAUUCUAGCCGCUUUGGACGACAAAGAUGGGAAAGUCGACAUGGUAGAUCGGAUGUAUGUGUCCAAGUUGCUGGGCCAGUUCUUCCUGUCCGAAAUCGCAAAGGUGGUCUCCCCUUCGCUGGCAAUCAUCAACGCCACAUCCCCUUCCUUGGUCCUUGAGACCGAGUUCAACCGCGAUCGCGACGGUACACUAAUCUACACGAUUGGAAAGCUCGCAAUGAAGAAGGUGGCCAACACGGCGGCCGUCGGGGCGCGAAUGAUUACGGAUGCCGCUGUCAACCACGGCGACGAGACGCAUGGGCAGAUGCUGAGCUUUCAACAGCUUGUUCCCCUGGCACCCAUCAUCUAUACGGAGGAAGGAACCAAGAUCUCAAAGCAAUUGUGGGAGGAAACUUUGUCUGAGCUCGAGUUUGCGGGUGUGAGGGAUAUUUUGGAGAGAGUGAAGAGUUCCUGAGGCACAAGUUCCAGUUCAGACAUGUUGUUUCUCUCUCAUCGGUACUAGCUACACCUACCUCUAGCCAAGGUAGCUCUACAAACAUAACCAUACGGUGCCCAAGCCCCCUUUCCCUUUC